AUGAAGCUGACGAAUGAGAAGAGCAAGAAGAAGUCUGUGAAUACGCCCUUUACGUCAGGAACAAAGCAGUAUGGACUCAUUAUACCGAAAAAGGAUGCAAAGAAGAAGGAACUUGCCACUGGUUUCAAUGUUUUUGCUGCAGCAGCAAAGGAAAACAACAAGCUAAAGGCACAAGAAGAAGAUGAUCAAGUGAAUACUCGACGUCGAAUAGGAGAUGAAGCUGUUUGCAGUCUCCAGCAGAGUCAUGUGGAUAAAAUACGAGCUCAAGCACUAGCCGAAGACGCAGCGGUCUUUGAUUAUGAUGCAGUGUAUGAUGAUAUGAAGAAUGCAAGGGAGAGUCAAGCUAUUGAAACAGCAGCUAAGCGAGAACUUGAUAAGAAAAGACCAAAGUACAUUGGUACACUCUUACAUCAAGCUAAGAUUCGAGAAGUGGAGAAUGAACGUAUUCGUGAGCGACGACUGCUGAACGAACGAAAUGCUGAUGAGGCACAGUAUCGAGAUAAAGAAAAACUUGUAUCAGCAUCAUACAAGAGGAAGUUACAGGAGAUGAAAAAGUGGGAGGCAGAGGAUGCACAACUUGCAGCUAUGGAGGAACAAGAGGAUGUCACAAAGCAAGGCGAACAUGCCAUGGCUGGCUUUUAUGCGAACCUUAACAAGAAUAUAGCAAUGGGUGGCACGAUAGCGAAUGCACGUAGUGCAUACACAGUGCAGGAGACACAUGGUGCAAUAACGACAAGUGCUGAAGCAGCUAGAGCUGAGCGAGGCCACGAACGUGACGAUUCUCAUGGACUUGAGUUAGUGAAGACCCAUGACAAAGCUGCGACCAAGGAGGCGAGAAGCGGUGAGCAAUUAGACGAUCGUCGUUUUUCACCUGCUCGUGAGACCUUGCUUGAGUCAAAGGAUGUACAUGUCAAGACAGACGCUUCAUUGAUUCAAGCAGAGAAAAUUGAGAAACCGAGCAAGGAAGACGCAAUUGCUGCUGCUAAAGCUCGCUUUUUGGCACGCAAGGCACAGCGAAAGUCUCAUACUGAUACCGUUACGUAG